AUGAGCGUUUUACCGUCUACGACCUAUCAGUCCCCACCCCGGCUGGGUCGGGGUCGGCACCUUAAUACUAUUCUCGAGGAAAAGGAAGAUGCCAGUCACGGCAUGAAGAGUGAUAGCGAGGGAGACGGAAGCGACUCGACCAUCAUCGGCCGUCCGGCAGCAUGGGAUCCAAAAAUCUUCACCGCCUCAUCGCGCAAAACCUCGCUCAUGAAGACAACCUAUCCGUCCUCUCCCGUCUCCUCGUGUGAGCAAUCUCCAGCCAGCAGUGCCGGCGAGGGCUACCAACGAAACUCGGUACGAAGCUCCGUCGUUGGCAGUGAUGCUGGGACAGUCUUCAGCGACGACUGUCCCUCUCUUGCCAGUGACCCGACCAGUUUCGCGUCCAAAUCUAGCCGCAGCAGCUUCGCGAGCGAGAAAUCCGGCCGAAAUCGAUAUCCCGCCUUGUACAUCCCCAGAGAUUCAUGGGGCUCCAUGGAUGGAAGUCCAAUCAAGGAGAUUACCUUCGGCAUGUCCCCCGCUACGAAAAUCCGUCUGUCGCCUACGGCGCUGUCGGCCCUCCCAAGAGAUGUCCCGGCAAUCAAUGCACCCCCGUCACUCGGGGAUAGCAAUAGCAGCAUCUCUGAUUCUCCCUGCACCACGAAAAACAGUGCACCUGUCACGCCCGACAUGAGGCAACUAGGGGAGACCUGGGGCAAUCCACCUGCUGUAUCACAGCACCUCGAGAUAGCACUCGAUGACGACCAUAGCGUGAUACUAUCUCCAGCUGAAGCCCACUCCGACAACUCUGUCGUGAGUCUCACAUCUCCAGUCGCCUUCACAGAGAUGAUCAUCAACUUCCCCACCGUCCCAGGCGCAACACCUCAAGACCUUUCUCCAUUGAUGCCUACUAUCGAGGAGCUCAAGAAAUUCGACCAAGAGGUACCCGCUCAUGGCUCUGAGCUCGGAGUGAGGCUCCCCCCAGAUGCUCUCCAGCUUCUGCAGCGUCUUGCCGGACAGAGAAGCGCGGAUGAUUUAUCGACUACUUCCGGAGGGAGUCGACCAUCUAGGAAGUCUGGAAGACGGGAAGAAAUGAGAGAGCGUGCUGCUCCCGAACCUGCCAGUCGGCCUCGCAGUGCCGAUGGCGAGACUCCAAUCUCCGAUUACAGCUUCUCGCAGCUUAGCAUACCUUCGCCUGGAGGAUUCUUCUCGUCUCUGCAGAAUGCCACCCGUCAUACGUGGUGCCUUAACAAGUCCAAGGCGCCCAGCAUGCCAAACACAGCCACGGCUGAGAAUUUCUACAACCGACCUUGGGAGAGCGAUUCAAGUGAUAACGUUGUGGAAACCGUGUUGACAGUUGAUGAUACAAAUCUAACUGAAGGACCACCAACCGCCAAGCAAGACCAUUUCAUCUUGGGACAGCCCACGGGACGCAAGAGCCAACAGUCCGAAGACGAUGACCUCUACGGACCUGGCAGUGAUGAGUCCAAGUCCUCGGGAUCUCCUCCCGUUAGCUUCGAAUAUGACGAGAAGUAUUACGAGGACCUCAAGCAAUCCGCAGGUCAAAACCUGGAUCGGACAGGAUCAUGGCUUGCCUCACAAACGGAUUUCCUCUCGAUGAUCUUGGACUCAGACCCCAACACCCAGCUAUCAGAUGACGACACCACGGAUGAGACAAGGAUCAAAACGGCCCGUCGGACUGUCAUGUUCGCUGAGCCACCAAAGGUAGACACGGCUUUGGCCGAGACUCGACCGGAAAGGGACAGCCCAGACUCCGAACCCGGAUCUAAGGAACCAAUGUUCCUCUCAGCAUUCCAACAUCUAAUCAAUGUACGGAAGCAGAGAGAUGCAUUCGUCCAUGCCUCAUCUCGCCUGGAAGCCAUGCAGAACAAUCGCAUUGCACUCCAGGAGAAACACAUCACCAACCUGCUCGGCCAGCACACUCUCGUUGACCCAAAGCGUCCGAAGUACUCUGGCCCGUUCGGUCUGAACCCUCGACAGACCGGUGUGUUCGAGCGCACUCCUGAACAAGUCGCGUAUGAAGCAGUCGAACGUGAGCAACUCGCUGUCGCAUCCAUCGAACAGUCCAACUGGCAGGUUGAGGCUCUAAAGGCUCUGUAUCACGGCCGUCUCCUUGCCUCUCCUGCCGCUUGUCAGCGGUUGAAGAACAAGUCCACACUUCCACUUGACGAUCCGACAUGUGUGGGAAAUAGACGGCUUCGCAUUCUGGACCUCGGCGGCGCUGCCUCGGCCUCGUGGGCUUGGAAUGCCGCUCUCCAAUGGCCCAACGUGAAAGUCUACACAGUCAUCAGCAAAGACCAGGCACGAACGCAACGACCCGCUGGUCAGAUCAAGCCAGAAGCACCGCUAAACCACCGCACAAUAUCCGUACCACACCUCUGGCAACUGCCCUUCCGCAGUGGACACUUUGACGUCAUCUCUGCGCGCUCCCUUCAUGUCCUUCUCAAGAAUAACCCCGUUCCAAGUGCACCUUCAAUCGACGAAUGGGACUUGGCUCUUCGAGAAUGCAUGCGCGUGCUCAAACCAGGCGGAUACCUCGACUACAUGAUCAUGGACUCCAGCAUCGCCCACGCCGGCUCCCGUGCGGAGGCCAUGUCGGUUGAGUUCGGCUUUGAAUUGCACCGCCGGGGUUACGAGCGCGAAGCGGGGAGAAGCUGGCUCAAGAGGCUGAAGAGGGAAGGGUUCGUUGGCGUCAAGCGUGCGUGGAUGUUCCUGCCCAUGGGGAAACGACCACCCAGAGAAGCCGAGGAGCAAAUCCACGGAUACACUGGCGGCUGGCAGUCUUGGCGGCAAGGCGCAAAACCAUUCGUUCCGGCGCCCAGGCCGAUCAGCGAGGUGUCAACAAUCAGCAAAAUCGUCAGGCAAUACAUGGAUGUCGAGGCCGUACAGGGUCCCGUUGGCUCUACGCAAGACAUCGCCGACCUCACUGGCUUGCUCGGCGCCAGAAUGUGGGAAGAGUGGCUUGUCAAAGUCCGGGCCGAGUCUGGUCGGGAGGAAUCUCGCUGGCUGGAAGGUGUAGAUGAGAUGAUUGAGGAAGGCAAGGAGCAGGGGUCUGGCUGGAAGGUACUAAUCGGCUGGGCGAGAAAGCCGAAACCUACAAGGCGCGCCAAAGGUGAGAGAGCUGAGAUUACAGUCGCGGUGGAGGACAUGGAGGAGUUGACGAGCGGGGAUGACUUCAUCGAGACGGGCAUGAUCCCUAUGCUCAUUCAAGAAUGA